AGCCGCCAGGGUCGAGGCAUGGAGAGCUCGGCGGGAGACCCAUACCGGCGGCCCGCGCGGCGUACUCAGUGGCUGCUGAGCGCCUUGGCUCACCAUUACGGGCUGGACCGCGGCGUGGAGAACGAGAUCGUGGUGCUGGCUACCGGUCUGGACCAGUAUCUGCAGGAGGUCUUCCACCACUUGGACUGCCGGGGCGCUGGCCGCCUGCCGCGCGCCGACUUCCGUGCGCUCUGCGCGGUCCUGGGACUGAACGCUGAUGGGGAGGCGGCCAAGGAAGACGCAAACUCCACGGAGGUGGCCGCCAAGAACCCGGCUACUGGGAUGAUCGCUGGCGGAGACGCGGACGUCAGGGAAGAGGCGCUCCUGGCUCUGCGGGCCGAUCCUCCUGAACUCACCUUCCGCCAGUUCCACGCGCGCCUCUGUGGCUACUUCAGUAGCCGAGCGGGGUCCCGGCUGCCUCGCGGAGCUCUGAGCGAGCACAUCGAGACGCAGAUCCGCCUCCGCCGUCCGCGCCGCCGCCGCCCGCCUGGCUCACCGAGCCUGCACGGUGGCGCCUAUGGCGAGCGCGUGGCACAUCUAGAGGAGGAAAACAGUAGCCUACGCGAGCUGGUGGAGGACCUACGUGCUGCGCUGCAGAGCAGUGACGCGCGCUGCCUGGCCCUUCAGGUCGGCCUCUGGAAAAGCCAGUCGGACAUCCCGGAAGCGGCGGCGCACGAGCUGCAGCGAGCUCAGGGAGCGCUGGCAGAGGCGGAGGCGCGCGCUCGACGGCUGCAGCGCGGACAGGUGGAGGUGCGGCUGCGCACUGAGGAGGCCCGGCAGGCGGUCCGGCGCAGCUUGCACCGAGUGCGAGAGCUGGAGUCGCUGGCGCGGCGCGUUCCCCGCUUGCAGCGCCAGGUGCAGCGACUGGAGGCAGAACUUAGACGUUACCGGUCAGAAGGGCCUCAGCUCCUAACACCCCCACAAACCAGUCCAAGGCCAGGAAACAAGAACGGUGAACCUACGGCUAGAGGCACCAGAGACUCAGACACCACUUCAGAGGGAGUCCUGCAGUCAGACACCAGCUUAAGGAGCAGAGACACAGAUGAAGAGGAAGAACAGCUGUUCCGCUCCGUGGAAGGCCAGGCUGCCUCUGAGGAGGAAGAGGAAGAAAGGUGGCAGGAAAAGCCAGGGCGCCCACAGGCCCACAGCGAAGUACCCCUGAUACAACCCUCAGACUAUGUGAACAGGUGUGAUGACCAGACAGCUGAGACGCUCAAGGCUUCCUUCGGCCACUGUGACGGUGCUGAGCACGUCUGCACCCUAGAGCUGGAACCUCAUGUCACCAGGCUUGGGGAACAGCUGCAGACCCUGGGCUGCAGCAGAGAGACCCUGGGAACGCCGGAGGAGGAGGAAGAGGAGGCAGAACUGCAGCAGAUGGUGGAAACUGAGCAUCUGAGGCUGGAGCUGCAGAUGGUGGAGACGGAGAGGGUCCGACUGUCGCUGAUGGAAGAGAAGUUGGAGGAUGUGCUGCAACUCCUGCAGAGGCUCCGGGACCUGAACAUAUCAAAAAAAGCCCUGGGGAAGAUGCUGCUGAAUGCCCUGGACCAGAACCCCUCACAGGAGGGUACACGGGGCACCUUGGCCGUCCUGAACACCUUGCACCAAGCCUUAGUUGGCUGUGAGCUCCUACAGAGAAACCCCUCAGCACCGGCAUCCAAGGCUCCUGCACACACGAACCCCUUCCUCGUCUCCUGCUGAGCUCCCUGGCUCAGCCUUG